GGCACUAGAAAAACACCCCAACUCACCAAUGACAGCGAAGCAGAUACUGGAAGUCAUUCAGAAAGAAGGGUUAAAGGAAACAAGUCUGGUUUCAGACCCCGGCAUGGCUUGGAGACAGCGUUGGUGUGUAUGAAGGCUCUUCCUCGAAUGAAGGAUGUGGGACACCUUUCCAUGAUGAUUAUAGUAGAGCCUCAGCUGCUUUCGUGUUGGUCAGGAGGUGAUGCUGAACCGAAUGCUUGAACUAGCAGGCGUGGCUGGGAUUGCAUUGGCGUGGUUCCAUUCCUUCCUUCCGGAAAUGGGACUUCUCCAUUAGCCUGUCUGAAUGCAAUGCUCCACAGUAGCACUCGGAUAGGGGAUGGAACCUUCUUCAAGAUUCCUGGAAAGUCAGGCCUCUAUGCUCUCAAAAAAGAGGAGUCGUCCUGCCCAGCUGAGGGGACGCUGGAUUUAGGCUGCGAGUCGGAAGUGGAUGGCACAGAGAUGGCAGAAGCCAACGCCCGGGGGGAAGGAAACGGAGUCUGUGCCAAGCAGGUGCCCGACGAAGCAUCUUGCACUCGGGAUCCCAGCCUUCCUAACGCGGCCGCGCCCAGCAAGCUAAUGUCCUCCUUUCAGCAGCACACCAAAAAGGCCCUGAAGCAGGCCCUGAGGCAGCAGCAGAAAAGAAGAAAUGGAGUCUCCGUGAUGGUCAACAAGACCGUCCCUCGUGUGGUGCUGACGCCCCUGAAGGUGUCUGACGAGCAGUCGGAUUCGCCGUCAGGAUCUGAAUCUAAAAAUGGUGAAGCAGACAGUUCAGAUAAAGAAAUGAAACAUGGGCAAAAAUCUCCCACUGGAAAACAAACAAGUCAGCACUUAAAACGGUUAAAAAAGUCUGGUUUAGGACACUUGAAAUGGACCAAAGCUGAGGACAUUGACAUAGAAACCCCAGGAUCUAUUCUUGUCAACACUAACUUGAGGGCAUUAAUCAAUAAACAUACGUUUGCUUCCUUACCUCAGCAUUUUCAACAGUACCUCCUGCUUUUGCUCCCAGAAGUGGAUAGGCAGAUGGGAAGUGAUGGAAUUUUACGCCUCAGCACUUCAGCUCUGAAUAAUGAAUUCUUUGCAUAUGCGGCACAAGGAUGGAAGCAGCGGCUGGCAGAAGGAGAGUUUACACCAGAAAUGCAAUUGCGGAUAAGGCAAGAAAUUGAGAAGGAAAAGAAAACAGAACCUUGGAAAGAAAAAUUCUUUGAAAGGUUUUAUGGAGAAAAGUUGGGCAUGUCAAAAGAGGAAUCUACAAAGCUCACUGCUGGACCAAACAGCGAUGGAGCUGAAAGUAGUUCUUCAUGUGGGACCUCAAGUCUUCCAGGUCUUUCUUCACAGGCCCCCUCAGAAGAACAACAGUCAAAAAUCAUGAAAAGUCCAACUUCUGUAGAGCCCGAGUUCUGUGCCGGGCUCUGCCCUAUGGUAGAUGUAGGAAAAGAGGUCAUUGCAGAGUCGGAAUCAGAGGAUAUCUUGAUCCCUGAAGAAUCUGUGAUUCAGGAGGAGAUUGCAGAAGAGGUAGAGACCAGUAUCUGUGCAUGCCAGGAUGAAAAUCAUAAGGCAAUACCUGAAUUUUUGGAGGAGUCUGAAAUUCCAGCCAGUGCUCACGAAGAGCCCCAGAUAGCAAUUCCUGAAGAAAACUUGGAAUCGUGUGUUAUAAUGAACGAUGCUUUAGACACUGUGCCUCAUCUUGAACUUAAGGUGGAAGAGAAAUCCGAAUCUCCCCAGGAAGAAAUGUCAGUGGUUAUUGAGCAGCUGGAAGUCUGUGACUCUCUCAUUCCUCCCACUUCUUCUGUGCCUCACCUCCAUGUCACAGAACAUAAGGAGCCAGAAGCUGAAAUAGAGAGCAAUGCUCCAAAAAUGAAAACAGGGUCAUCUCCUUUAGAAGGCCAGUCUCCAAAGGGAGGGGUCGCUGUGGAUAUGGAGCUGCAGAGCGAUCCUGAGGAACAGCUUUCUGAAAACGCUUGCAUCUCUGAAACCUCCUUCUCCUCUGAGAGCCCAGAGGGAGCCUGUACCAGCACACCCUCCCCUGGCGGGGAGACCCAGUCUACUUCCGAAGAAUCGUGUACUCCAGCCUCUCUUGAGACAACAUUUUGUUCUGAGGUAUCCAGCACUGAAAACGCAGACAAAUACAACCAGAGAAAGCCCGCCGAUGAGAACCUUCAUGCAUCUCUGACAUCAGAAACAUCUCCCAUAUCCACUUCACCUGAAAUAUCAGAAGCAUCUCAAAUGUCCAAUUUACCUUUAACCUCGGAAGCAUCCCCUGCAUCCAAUGUCCCUUUGACAUCGGAAGCAUCACCCAUGUCCGAUUUACCAUUGGCAUCAGAAACGUCUUCCGUGUCUUCCAUGCUUCUCACCUCUGAGACUACUUUUGCAUCCAGUUUGCCACUUCCUUCAGAAACAUCUUCAGUUUCUAAUUCUUCCCCGAAUGAAAGAACAGUGCAUCAGCAAAGAAAGUCCCCUUCCAUAACCGAAGAACCACUCUCUCUGCAGAAGGAUGAAGGUCCUGCGCCUGCCAAGCCCCUGGGAGAGAGCCUUCUCUCCCAGCAGAAGACUCUAUCAAAUACCCCGGAGCCCACCAGCCUGGGCCCUUCUGCCAUUGCUCCCGAAGCAUUUCCAUCCAAAGAACUCCACAGCAAACCCCCGACUCAGCAGCCUUGUCAAUCACAUGUUGAAACAGAGAAGCCCUAUCCUGCUUCCAUUCCCGAACUUCCUCCUGCAGAAAUCGUGAAAGGUAAAACUCAGAACGUCAUGCCGAGAACAGAAAAGAAAGGGGCGUCUUCCCCAUUGGAACUGUCUGUCUUUCCGGAAGAGACAGAGAGUCAAGGAAAUGAGCUUCCACCAGCUAAGUCCCAGGACCAGCAGUAUGGCUCCCCGGGGGAGAAGGCUUCAUUUCCAGAAGGCUCCAGAAGUAAAACCCAUAAGCAAGGGAGCUCACAGAACCGGUUGGAGACCCCGUACACUUCCAAGCUGUCCGAGCCCUCCAAGUCCCCUGAUGGCGGGAGAAACGACAGCAGAGAGUCUGAGAUCGCGAAGAGGAAAACCGCAGAGCAGCACAGCUUUGGGACCUGCAAGGAAAAGAGGGCGAGGAUCGAAGAUGACCCAUCCACCCGGAACGCAUCAGCCGGCAGCCCAGCGGAGAAGGAGCAGCCCCCGAGAGAGGAGCCCAGGGUCCCUCCUCUCAAGAUCCAGCUUUCCAAGAUCGGGCCGCCUUUCAUCAUCAAGAGCCAGCCCAUCUCCAAGCCAGAGUCUCGAACCUCCCCCAGCACAUCUGUGGGUGGAGGCAGGAACACGGGGGCCAGGACCCUGGCGGACAUCAAGGCUCGGGCCCAGCAGGCGAGGGCUCAGCGAGAGGCAGCGGCGGCUGCGGCUGUAGCUGCCGCAGCGAGCAUCGUCUCGGGGGCCAUGGGUGGCCCGGGAGAGGGUGGCAAGGCCAGGACGCUGGCACAUAUCAAGGAGCAGACGAAGGCAAAGCUCUUUGCAAAGCACCAAGCGCGAGCCCACCUCUUCCAGAGCCCAAAAGAGGCCCGGCCGCCGCUGCUGCUCGGCUGCAAGGAAGGCGCUCAGAGCUUAGAGGUUCCUUCCACCCCGGAGGCCAAAAUCGAAGGACCAACCGGAGUCAUCAUUGUCAACCCCAACUGCAGGUCUCCCAGCAGCAAGCCCACGCACCUCCGGGAGGUCACCCCUGCCCUCCAGCCAGCUCUCCAGCCAGCUCUCCAGCCCACCAAACCCCCCAACGCGGCCACUGACGUAGCCGUGCAUGGCGCCGCUGAGGAACGUGUCCCCGUGUCCCACGUCUCUGAGAAAACGGUUCCCUCUACCUCUUCCGAAAAGAGCGACAUGCCCGUGCUGUUUGCUGCCAGUGCUGUCCCCGUGUCCGUCUGCAGCGCCGCUGUGUCGGGCGCCAUUAAAGAGCAUCCCUUCGUGAGUCCCGUCGACAAGCCGUCCGUCCUGGACAAGCCGUCCGUCCUCGUGUCUGUCGACAGUGCCAGCACUACCGUUUCAGCCUGCAAUCUAAGCGUGCUCACCGCCGUCCAGGGCACGGAUGCUCCCUGCAUCGCCGUGAUACCAAAAUGCGCCGAGAACACAGCCCUCCCCGCCGCCCUCCAGGGCGCCGGCGCCACGGGCUCCUUGGAGGACACGCAGGCGCUCACGUCCAUCAGCUGCGCCAGCGGCUCGGUCUCCGGGCAGUACCCCUCUGUGCCAACCCUCUCCAUCGCAAAGAACUUGCCAAACCACCUCGCCACGGCUUCUGUCCUGGUUCCCUCCCCGGGAAUGAGUCCCUUGUUCCCUCCCGAGAAGAGAGCCGUGCCUGGGGGUGACGAGCAGGCUGUGCCCGCGGGGACCCUGGGGCGAGCGGCCCCCGGCUGCAGGGAUGUGGGGGUCGUCACGGACCCUCUGGUGGUCCGCCCGCCCAUCGCCGUGUUUACCGGAAGCAUGUUGACCAUCAACUCUUACAACUGUCCCCCCAACUUCAGUGCCGAGAGCUUGGACAAAACUCCGGGGCCUCAAAGCAGGGCGGAGGGCUGUGGGAAAGCCCAGCCCCCGGGGGCCUUCGCCCCGGUAGCCAUCAAUAGGUCGAUCCCCUGUAAGGUCAUCGUGGAUCACAGCGCCGCCCUGGCCUCCGCAGUGUCCCUGGCGGUGGCCGUGGCCAGCGCAGAGGCUGGCGCGGAUGCCCAGGGCAGGUUGGGGAGGACAGAGGUCACCGUGCAGCCCUUGGUGGCCUGUCCCCAGGUGUCCGUGAUCAGCAGGCCAGAACCGGCUGCCACCGAAGGCCUGGAUCCCGGGGCCAGUGUCAUCGCUGGGUCUGCAGCCAAGCCAGACUGUAAACCGCUGCAGGCCCCCUGCCCAGGCCUCCCCCUGCUCGUUCCAGAGAAAUCACACGAGGCGACGGCGACGGGCAGCAGCUUUGCUGAGCCGGCACGCGGCCCGGCCGCCUUCAAAGGCGAAGCCGACACUGCCGUUGGCAGCCAGUGCCCCACCGGAGGCCGGCUGAGCUGGAAGGAGGAGGCUGUGAGGAGCACGGGGCCGCCGGGCGGGCACUCGGGGCCCAGUAAACAGAAGGAGUGGCCGGAGCCAGGCUGUGCCAAGGCCAUCAAAGCCGAGCGGGCCAGCUACCCGCACGUGGUGGCAGAGCUCCACCCUAGGAGCCUCCUGCCGGGGGCCCCUCUCCCCACGAAGCCUGAGCCCCACGCAGUGGACAGGGGCUUCCGAGUGGACACCGGGGACCUCCCCGGCCCAGAGCGGCCCCCUCCGGCCAAGGAGGCCGCCCCAGCGGUGCAGCAGACGCAGACCAGGAAGGUCCCCAUCUCGGGCCCCGGGGACGAGGCCGUGUCCUUGGCGGGGGACACCCUGAAGAGAGCGCCCCACGCGGGCGGCUCCAGCUGCCGUCUGUCGUCCGUGGAGGCGAACAACCCCCUGGUGACCCAGCUCCUGCAGGGCAACCUGCCUCUGGAGAAAGUGUUGCCGCAGCCCAGGCUGGGAGCCAAGCUGGAGAUCAACCGGCUCCCGGCGCCCCUCCAACCUACCUCAGCCGGGAAGGCGGCCACCGCGGAGAGGAGCGUCGUGGAAAUGCCCUCCAGCUCCCCGAACCCCGCGGGGAAGGGCUACCUGGCGGGGACCCUCGCCCCGCUCCACAUGCGGAAGCGCGAGAACCACCCCAAAAAGAGAGCGGCCAGGACGGCGGGGGAGCACCCUCAAGUCAAGUGCGAGCCGGGCAGGCUGCUGGCGGAGCCCGAGGUCAAGGCCAUGCCCUGCGUCCUGGGCCCCGGCCUGGCCCCCCUGGGCCCCGGGCAGCCCUUCCAGCAGGAGUGGCUGGGCAAGCAGGCCCCGCCGCCGGCCAGGGCGGCCCCCGGCCCCGACGUCAAACAGCAGAAGCGGCUGCUGCCCGCCUGCAGCCUCCAGCAGAGCCUGUUCCACGCGGACAAGAACGGCGGCUUCCACCCCCAUCCGGACGCGGGCGCCUCGCACCGGCAGCAGUUCUACCCGAUGCCCGUGGCGGCCAGGGGCCCCGUGCCCGCCGUGCCCGCCGCGGCGCUGCUGCAGGCCCCCGCCAAGGCCCCCGCGGGCUGCACUGCUUUCGUCUUCAAUCGGCAUCUCGAACAAAAGGGACUGGGGGAGGCGGGCCUGGCCCCGGCCCCCCACCAGCUGAGGUUGGCCAACAUGCUGACCCCCAGUGUGCCCGUCAAAGAGGGCGAUGACGUGGGGGGGGCCGCGCACGCUGUGCCCAGCAAAGCGCCUGUGCUGCCCCCGCCGCCUCCGCCGCCCCUGGCCCUGCCCCCGCCGCCGCCGCCGCCGCCGCCGCCCCCGCCACCUCCACUACCUCCGCCUGCACCUCACGCCGAGGCCCCCGCCGAGCAGAAGCAGCCUCCGCCUCCCCUGGAGACCGCCAAGCGGCUGGGCUGGCCGCCCGCGGGCGUCUGUAGCAAUAUCAAAUCCGAGCCUGUGUCCUUCGAGGAAGGCCUAGGCGGCAGCUGUGACCUGGGCCCCAAGCAGGCCCCCUACGACCAGAAGGAGGUGAAGGAACAGCUGAAAGCAUUUGCGCUGAAAAACGCCGACUUCCCCCCCUACCUGCUGUCUGAGCCACAGAAGCCUUUCCCCCCACUGGCCGCGCAGAAGCUGCAGGUGCCGCCGCCGCUCUGCGCCAACUACCCAGCCAUACACUUCGGCGGCCCCAGCUUCAAGCGGGCGGCCUCCGCCAUCGAGAAGUCCAUCGGGAUUUUGGGCAGCGGCCCCGGUGCCAGCGCCAAUGCCGCCAACGCCGCGGGCCUGCCCGGCCAGGGCGCCCCGAUGCCCGCGCAGAACUUCGCCGACAGCAGCAGCGCCGAGGAGCUGGAGCUCAAGUGCUCCUGCCGCCUCAAAGCCAUGAUCGUGUGCAAGGGCUGCGGGGCCUUCUGCCACGACGACUGCAUAGGGCCCUCCAAGCUCUGCGUGGCGUGCCUGGUGGUGCGGUGAGCAGGCGUGUGCGUGGCGUGCCUGGUGUUGCGGUGAGCAGGCAUGUGCGUGGCAUGCCUGGUGGUGCAGCGAGCGUGAGUGUGUGGCGUGUCUGGUGGCGUGGUGCCUGUGCAUGCAUGAGAGCCUGGUGUGCCUGAGGGUGUGGCGAGCAUGUGUGUGUCUGGCAUGCCUGGUGGUGCAGUGAGCAUGUGUGUGCAUGGCAUGCUUGGGAGUGCAGUGAGCAUGUGUGUGCAUGGUGUGCCUGGUAGUGCAGUGAGCAUGUGUGUGCAUAGCGUGCCUGGGGUGCGGUGAGCGGUGCGAGGUGCAGUGUCCCUUUUCCCGGCGAUGCCCAGCAGCGGCAGCCAGCAGAGAACACGGAGCUGUAGGUACACUCCCUCCCUCCCUUCCUUCCUUCCUUCCUUCCUUCCUUCCUUCCUUCCUCCGAGCCAGCUGACCUCUUCCCGGGGGCUGUUCCUGUGUGUCUCAGGAAGGCGAGAAGGCCUCCCAUCCGAGGUGCUCAGCGGCAUGUCUGUCACGUAUGUACAAUAGUUGGCAUCCCCAGCUUUGGACAGUUUCUGCCCAUGUUUGUUUGCUGUUUGUCCCCAUCCAGGGCAGUAGGAAAAGGACAUUGUCAGUUACUCAGCACUGACCCCGGAGCAGAUGGAGACGGGUGGUGGGGGGGAGACAGCGUGAUGUGAGGCGGGCUGUGUGUUUCCUGUGGAUGAGCCAUUACAGCGAGGCUGGGAGGGUUUUCAGUUGGCUCUUCCAGCACCACCUUUCCCUGCAGGGAAGUCACAGUUGGAAAGGGCACCCUGACUUCAGGGUUGGAUUCCUUGUCUUGAGUCCCAUCACAAAAGAUGCAGUAAAGGAGGUGUCGGCGGAUGAAGGCCACUGUCCUUCCUCUCUGCUCUCCCUCCCCUUCCUUUCGGAGAUGGGCAGGGUGUCUGCGUGGGCCUUGGACAUGGGCACACAUUGUCCUGACAUGUGUCAUGGUCUGGACAUUGCAUUGCAGUAGCCUGGCCCGCGCCCUUUGACAUCUGACCCCGGAGGAUCGGUUGGCCACCAGAGGACCCUAGGCCCAGAGGAUGUCAGAGCUUCCUACGUGGGCAUUAAGAGCAAGUAUUGUAAAACUGCCUUAACAUUAAAAGAAAAAUGCUGUGUAAGCCAACACCUACACAUGGGUGGAUCACGUAAACAUCGGUCCAUUCUCUUCACUCCUUUAUGAUGACUAGAUAUUAACAUUGGGGGGAAGUUAUCACAGACCCUGUGCGCGGCACCAGUGCCUCUGGCUUCCAGCUCUGCAGAGGUUGGCCACCUCGUGUUUGAAUUAAAGUGUCCUUGGUGAUCAAAGGGACUACAGAAGACUGAAGGGUCGACAUUUUUCUGAACAGCUUUUUCCUCCUGAUUCACAAUCUAGACGAUUCCACUUGACUCUCAGAUGGCCCCCGUUUUUGAAAUGGUUCCGGGCCUUGCGUGUUCUGUGUUCUUCCCCCUCAGGUGAGUCCAGUGCCAUCUUCCUGUGUGGGAGUGGAGCGGCUUCGGGACAGGGUGCUGCUUCUGCCACACGCUGCCCGUGUGUGCCCAGUGAGUCUGAGUGUUGCUGAUCCGAGCUCCCUCCCCCGUGCUUUGCCCGCCCUCGUGCCAGAGAACAGCUUUAGUUCCAGAGGCUCUGUGCCCCUAAAGCAAGUUCAAAAGCACACGCAUGUUGUGAGAAGAUGAAAGGCAACAAAAGCCACGCCAUUUAACCUCCGAUUACAGAGCACAAAACGUGGAGUGCCAUUAACCCGUUGAUGGAUUGAGGCUGUAGAAUUAAAAAAACACACACACACACACACACAUGAAACAUGGGGGGAAAUAGCAUCCGCCCACAGGGAGAAUGACGGAUAUUUUUACGUGGGAUCACCCUAAUCCAUGUAAACUUUUAACAUUCCCUUAAAAUACGUCUUAAAAAUUAACUGGAAUGAACAGAAAUUGCAUUCUGGAGAAGAAGAAAAAACAAACAAACACUUGCGAUUUAUUCGUGUUUUUUUUGUUUGUUUUUGUUUUGUUUUUUUUACAAUAAUCAAUUAUGGUGUCUGUUCCCCCUGCCCCUCCAUAUUUAUUACUGUGAUGUUGCCAAAUUUUGUUAGGUGGCAGAGAUGUCCUUAUUAUAAACGCAUUGCUGAUUAUUUUAUCUUCCAAAUCAAGAAAAGCAAAGAAGGGCCUGCUUUGUGGCCUCCAUUUGGUGCUUCAGUACUGUCACUUCUGUUUUUCACACGAAAAGGAACGAAGUCAGCUCACCCCCAAGAAAAAGAGCAAUGCACCGAAGCAGCCCUUCCCGGGGUUGAGGGGUGCGGUGGAGCGCCCGCGAACCUCACCUCUGCUCCCGGUGGCCCGCAGAUGGCAUCCUCGUCCCAGCGUCUCCGUGGUCAGCUGGGCUCUGAUGUCACCCCGGGUCAGAAGAUCGCGCUCUCUUGGAGAAGAGAGCUCUCAGAGGGGCACCCCUGAAUCGAGACACGUGCAUGCCAACUCCCUCCAAACUCACUUGCUGCCCUACCAGUGUCAGGUACUGUCUACACCAGCAGAUUCCAGUCUAUCCUCUCAGUAGCUGACACGGUGUGGAAAGACACUCCAGCCUACAAAACCUUUGCACUCUGCAGAUGAGGUACGAUCGAGGCCGAUGUGGUGCUGAGCCCAUUGUCCGCCCCGUCCUGGUAGAAUCCUGCCUGCAAGUCACUUACUGGGAAUAAAGAAAAGUGUCCUUCUGUAUGAUUUGAGUUUUCACAGAAUAGGUGGGGGAGAUCAAUCGUUGACCACGCAUGGAUUCUAUCCCCUGGUCCAAAGAGCAUAAUUUCCUCCUGCCCUUGCUGUUGUUGCUUUUGUUUGUUUGUUUUUUGCCCCAGUUCAAAUUCCUAAUGUUGACAUACGGUUUUUAUUACUGAAAAAUUAGUAUCUUUGGGCUAAAAACUAUGGAAAGAAAGGAACAAACUCAGAAGCAGUAGGUCCGUUGACUAGAUAUACAAACGCCAGUCUGUCUGGAUGAGGCGAGUAAGUCCUUAGUUUCCUCACUCACACAGGUGUCUGCCUGUGUGCACAUGGAAUAUGUGAUUUCCUACAUGGUUAUUGUGGUGUAAUGUGCAAAUCUUAGCAUGUGCAUUGUCCUGAUCCUUGGACACUAUGCUGUCCUCAUCGGGAGUAGAACUUGCACAUGUGACAUAUAAUAAUAAUAAAAUUUUUUAUCACAAAGGAUUUAUUUCCGUAAGGAGCACUUUUGGAGCAGGGGACAGAGGGAUGCGCUACUCCCCACCCCCCUCCUAUAUGAUAUGCAUAUGCCUGAGGUGUACAAAGACAUUCAGGUGGUCGACAGGCAUGUUCAUAAGAACGUCCGGAUGCAGAUUCAUUUUCAAAAUGAAAAGCACGUCCUUCCCCUCAAGCAAGAAGUGCAGGGCUGCUGCUGGUCACCCAAGCUCUGUGGUGACCGUGCUUCCCUGCUGAGGUCUAGCGUGAAAAAGAAAACUUGAAAAGCCUCUGAGGCUGAGCCUGGUUGCUAUAAAGACUUUGCGGAGAUACUAGGACGAGCUGUAGAAGGUUUAGUUGACUUCCAGACCUUGGAGAGUCAUCUUCUUCCAGAAUAAACAAGGACACAAGCAAGCUGAGGCUUACAGCUUCAGGAGGCAGUCAGGGGUAAGCACCCAACAUGCACCAGUGUCCUUGACACUCAGAAUUUCAAAAGGGAGGGAGGGGUUCCCCCCUGGCCUGGGUUCCUCCUUGGUCUGGUCAAGUCCCAGUUACAGAAGCCGAAGCCAAAUUAGGGUUGCGUCGUCUCUGGGGUCAAGGCCAAGCUCCAUGCUGGCUGCCCAGUGGGCAGGAGCCCACGGAACAUGCAGAGCCCAGAGCCACUGUCCAUGUGUUUGUGUGUGUGUGUGUGUGUGUGUGUGUGUGUGUGUGUUUGCAGACAACAAUGUGACGAGUCCGGGCAAAGGAACUCUCCAGACUGUCAGGAGCCUGCGGAGCCAGAAUGUUACUCAAUAGAAAACCUUGUCUUCUUCAGUCCUCGUGCUCUGUCACUGUAAAGCGAACAAAAUGCAUUUUUACGAUAAUUUAAAGGAGCUGCUUUUUUUUUUUUUUUUUUUAAAUAGCACAUACUCUCGCUUUGUACUAUAUUUGAUAGUCACAGAAGAAUUUAGGCGGUAGGAAAACCUGGUUGUAUUGUACUAUUCAUGAAUGUUUCCAAGAAAGUGCUUUACUUGGUUGCCAUCAUUUUCUGGUACUGCUGUAAUUCUUUCCCCCUGCUUCCUGGAAACCUAAUCCAAUUCAUAUUGUUCACUGCAGUUUGUUUUUAUAUAUGUGUUUGUGUGUAUUUUUUUCUCUCUCUUUGGUCAGUAUUCUGAAUGUUUACAUCUGUUUGACAUUAGCCAUUUAAUGCCUUUUUUUUUAAAGGUGGUAUUACUCUUGCAGUGUAAUGGGAAAAUGUGAAAUCGCCCCAACACAACGUGCAUGACAAACACAGAUUGGGGGCUCAGGCCCUCGACAGACACAGACAUUUUUUAUCGGCAUCCAGAGAGGGACAGCCCCCCUCCGGUCCUCUACCAAAGAAUAUAUUCCUCCCACGGGGAAACUCUGCAAAGGAGUGGGAAGCCCUCCGAAGCGGGGGCAGUGGGUUCCGUGAGGCGGCUGCAAUUUGAAACUGGUGUGCUUGCUUGGAUACCCGGUGAAAUCUGACUGCGUGCAACAAGCAUUGAAACAAUUUUUAGACGGCAUUUUGUUUGGAAUUCAGGGAUCAUGCAUUCUUUAAUGGUGCUGUUUGUUUUUUAUUUCUUUUCUACAAAGAAGAAAAAAAAAACUGUUGCCUACAAAAGUGACUGCUCACAAUACCAUAAGUUAAACAAAAUGUUUGUCUUUUCAUGUUUCUCGAUUUUUCCCUUUCUCAAAGUUAACAACUUGGGUUUCAAUAUUCAACUAUUCUGGCGAAAAUAAAGAAAUUCAGCAUUAA